AUGCCUUCUUAUAUAAUCACACUCAAACAAGACACUUCCGCUGACGAGGUUGAGGCCGUCAAGAAUGAAGUCAAGAAACAAGGCGGCACGAUCGAUCAUGAGUAUUCUCUGAUCAAGGGUUUUUCUGUUACCUUUCCAGAGAGUGCAGUUCACACUCUCGAAAAUCACGAGCACGUCGAGACUAUCGAGGCUGAUAGUGAGGUCAGGACACAGGAUUGA